UGUGGCGUCUUGGAGGUGUUCUCAACCGUGGAACAAAUGUUGGCCAAACACGUGUUUCACUGGGACAAUAGUGAAUGGUGCACACUUGCUUCUCCAAGCUACAGAACAAAAAGUCACAUUUAAGAGUUGCUGGUGUAACAAUUGAAAGAACAUAUUUGACUCCUCUCUUGUACGUGCGGCCAAUGAGAAGGAAGAAAGAGGAAAGGAUAUUGCGUGUAAAAGUAAAGCCAACCAAUCACAGCUCUGCAGUCCUUGUGACCAUUGACGUGAGGUCAGACUAUUUUGGAGGUGCACAUCAAGCUUUGCUGAUGAACGGUCGUCAAGAAGAACGUCCCCUUCAGCAGCACGGGGGCGGGGAGGGCUCCUCUUUGAGGCAGGAGGAUCCACAGCCCCCCCACAUUAAAGAGGAAGAAGAGUAUCUCUGGGUUACUCAUGAGGGAGAGUGUCUUCCAGGGCAGGAUGAGGCUGAUCUCACCAAGUUUCCACAGACUGUUGUCUCUGUGGAGACUGCAGACCAUGAAGACAAACCACCUGAGGCCUCACACCUUCAUCACAGUCCAAACAACUGUGAAGAACAUCUUCUCCCUGAGCAACAGGAGUGGAGCUUUAAGAUGGGGAAGGAGGAGCCACAGCCCUACCACAUUAAAGAAGAAGAGGAGGAACACAGCAUCAGUCAAGAGGGAGAGCGUCUUGAUUGGUUGGAGGAGUUCCCAGUGAUUAGUGUGAUUGUGAAGAGUGAAGAUGAUGAGGUCAACAGUGAAAGUGAGGAGAAGAGAGAGGCGGAGCCUCCAAGCAGCAGCUCAACUCAACACAUGUCAACAGAAGCUGAUGGAGACCACUGUGGAGGAUCACAAGCAGACAAGCUCAUAGCUCCACUAUCAGAUAGUGACGACACAACGUCUCACUCUCCUGACACUGAUGAUGAAGACUCUAAAGAUGAUAAGACAUCUCACGGUGACAACACACACUUGACAUGUUCUCACUGUGACAAAACUUUUAAAUACCAUUGUCGUCUGAAAGUACACAUGGAAACACACACUGGAGAAAAACCUUUUUCCUGCUCAGAAUGUGGUAAAGAUUUUGCGGUAAGACGAUAUUUGAAAGUACACAUGAAAACACACACCGGAGAAAAACCUUGUAUCUGUUCAAUCUGUGGCAAAGGAUUUGUACAAAGUACCAAUUUGAAACUACACAUGAGAACACACACUGGUGAAAAACCUUUUAUCUGUUCAAUCUGUGGCAAAGGAUUUGUAAAAAAUCAGCGUUUAAAAGUACACAUGAGAAGACACACUGGAGAAAAACCUUUUUCUUGUUCAAUCUGUUGUAAAGAUUUUGUACGAAGUCAAUGUUUGAAAGUACACAUGAGAACACACACCGGAGAAAAACCUUAUACCUGUUCAAUCUGUGGCAAAGGAUUUGUACAAAAUACCAAUUUGAAAGUACACAUGAGAACACACACUGGUGAAAAACCAUAUUAUUGUUCAAGCUGCAACAAAAGCUUUUGUGGACGAUCCAACUUUGUCAGACACAUGAGAGAACACACAGGUGAGAAAGUGUUGAGUUGCAGUGUGUGUGGUGAACGUUUCUCUUAUAAGUACCAGUGUCAGAAACACAAGUGUGCUGGUGAGAACAGCAGCAGCAAAUGAAGCUGUAGGAUUUGAAAUUUGAAAUAAACAUCAGCACAUAUAACAAGUGUAACAUCAUUGUUGUGUAACAUAAUCUUGUUAUGAUUGAUUUAUAGAUUAGACAUUUUAGAUGAGUGCUUUCAUUUCAGUCAGUACAUGCAUUAUUAUACAAGAUUGUGUACUUCUUUUUAAUAAUGAAGAGAACAAUUUGACUGAAAAGGUGAGAAUAAACAGUACAAAACAUGUUGCACACAAUAAACAUUUAAUGUGUAUAAAUAUGUUCUUAAUUCACUUUUGUACUUAUUCAUAAUAGUGUUUUAUAUUCUUCAUUUUUAAUUAUAAAUGAUUCCAUAGAUUUAAAUUUGUUCAUACUGUUGCUUUUGAGUACACAUAAAUCCCUCUUAGUUCAUAUUUACUGGUUCACAUCUGAAACAUCUUCUGGAUCACUUCUGGAAGCAUAUUAUUAUUUACUUUAUACAUCAUUUGAGCAGUUGUGUUUUAUACAAGAUCAUUGACUUUUAAAAUGUGUGACUUAAUGAAUAAUUUGUUGGGUCUUGAUAAACCAUUCUAUUAAUUAAUUACUUUAUUACUAUGAAUAUUGUUUUGUGAUUGUUUUAUA